GUUUUGUGUCCUGAUGAAGAAAACACUGAGGUACUUGGCAGGUGUUCCAGGCCCAAGUGGAUAUGGAUCAAACUCAACAGCUGAGCAAGUUACUCAACAAGAUUGUUCUUUCUUACUCCCUUCUUCUCAAGCUCAACUCACUGCAUUAGUCACUGGGGCAACGUCGGGCAUCGGGACUGAGACAGCGAGAGUGUUAGCAAAGAGAGGUGCCCGUGUCGUGAUUCCGGCGAGGGACUUGAAGAAAGCUGCAGAGGUGAAGGAAAGUAUCCAGAAGGAAACUCCAGAGGCUGAGAUUAUAUUGUUGGAAAUUGAUCUCAGCUCAUUUGCUUCUGUCAAGAGAUUUUGUUCUGAGUUCUUGUCUCUAGGUUUACCCCUUAACAUUCUCAUAAACAAUGCUGGGAAAUUUUCACAAGAGUUGGAGUUCUCUGAAGACAAAAUUGAGAUGACUUUUGCAACAAAUUACUUGGGUAAUUAUGUUUUUCUCUUCACUUUCUCAAUUUUAGCCAGCCAAGUAAAGAAUGAAACCUUAGGGGAGCUGAAGAUAGUAGACCAAGGAACCUUCUUUAUCUGUAGAAAGAUUAAAGAGAAGGGGAAAAGUAGACUUGAGACUAGAGCUGCCACACCAUCUGUCAUGCCAAAAUUUAAUCCUACUCCCAUCCCCCACUUGGAUUUGGCAGUUAUCUAUAUAGAAAUUGUAAACAUUUGUGCUAUGAAUCCCAAUAGAUAA